AUGCCUAGACUACGCAAACAAUCUGCUCAGCAGCGUCAACGAUUGACUGCACCUCGUGUUAAUAGCUAUCGUGAACGAAAUCCCAUGGAUCUGCUAAGAAACGAUGAAAAUUACCGACAUUUGGAACGAGAGCGUGAUGCACUUAGUCACCAACAACAUAGAGAGGAUGAAGCGUACCGAUUGAUGGAACAACAAAGGAAUACACAGGAACACUCGAUUCGGCGACAAGAUGAAAAUUACCGACAUUUGGAACGAGAGCGUGAUGCAGCUAGUCACCAACAACAUAGAGAGGAUGAAGCGUACCGAUUGAUGGAACAACAAAGGAAUACACAGGAACACUCGAUUCGGCGACAAGAUGACAAUUACAGGCAUUUGGAACGAGAGCGUGAUGCAGUUAGUCACCAACAACAUAGAGAGGAUGAAGCGUACCGAUUGAUGGAACAACAAAGGAAUACACAGGAACACUCGAUUCGGCGACAAGAUGACAAUUACAGGCAUUUGGAACGGGGAGCGCGAUGCAAUACGUCAUCAACUACAUAG